GAACUGCAGAUGCCCAACAGCAGCUCCAUCAGCCAGUUCCUCCUCCUGGCAUUGGCAGACACGCGGCAGCUGCAGCUCCUGCACUUCUGGCUCUUGCUGGGCAUCUACCUGGCUGCCCUCCUGGGCAACGGCCUCAUCAGCACAGCCGUAGCCUGCCACCACCGCCUGCACACCCCCAUGUACUUCUUCCUCCUCAACCUCGCCCUCCUCGACCUGGGCUGCAUCUCCACCACUCUCCCCAAAGCCAUGGCCAAUGCCCUCUGGGACACCAGGCACAUCUCCUAUGCAGGAUGUGCUGUACAAGUCUUCUUUUUACUACUUUUCUUUGGUGCAGAGUAUUGCAUUCUCACCAUCAUGUCCUAUGACCGCUACGUUGCCAUCUGCAAGCCCCUGCACUACGGGACCUUGAUGGACAGCAGAGCUUGUGCCACCAUGGCAGCAGCUGCCUGGGCCACUGGACUUCUCUAUUCCCUGCUGCACACUGCCAACACAUUUUCACUGCCUCUCUGCCAAGGCAAUACAGUGAAACAGUUCUUCUGUGAAAUCCCCCAGAUCCUCAAGCUCUCCUGCUCAAAAUCCUAUCUCAGGGAAUUUACACUUAUUGCGGUUAGUGCACUUGUGCUUUUUGGGUGUUUUGCUUUCAUUCUUUUCUCUUAUGUGCAGAUCUUCAGGGCUGUGCUGAAGAUGCCCUCUGAGCAGGGAUGGCACAAAGCCUUCUCCACGUGCCUCCCUCACCUGGCUGUGGUCUCCCUGUUUCUCAGCACUGUGGUGUUUGCAUACCUGAAGCCCUUCUCCAUUUCCUCCCCAUUCCUGGAUCUGGCGGUGGCAAUUCUCUACUCAGUGGUUCCUCCAACACUGAACCCUAUUAUUUACAGCAUGAGGAACAAGGAGAUCAAGCAUGCCCUCAACAAAGUGUUUCAGCAUGCAAUAUCCUUGCUUCAAUAAUUUGCACGACUUCCUCACAUCGUUCCCAGUGAUGGAUCUUUAUAUUUUAUGUAUGUAUGUGUCUCGCUCCAAUUUAUAGGAGGGAGAGGAGGUUCUUUUAUUAUCUCUAUACCCAGUGUGAGAUGAAGAAGCAACGGUUCCAAUGUUGGUCCGACCAGUUGAUUACAAAUCUUAAUCAGGGAAAUGGGGAAGGGGAGGAUGGACACUAUUAUGAAUUAGGGUAAUGGGGAAGGGAAGGAGGGCGAUAGAAAAGAUAGAAGAGAAUAAGCAAGGAGUCUUUAUAGGCAGCAAGAGGGACACAGUCACCACCAUGGAUCCAGCAUGGUUCGUAGUUCAGUCUUUGAUCUUCAGUAGUGGUGGGUCGUCGGGCAGAGUUGUUCUACUAACGACCAUGACAACGACCAUGGUGAUGACGGCCCCUUUUCAAUGGUUUCAAAGUGGUUGAGUCAGCUGUCUUUGGAGUGGCAGCUUCUGGCUCUGGGAUCUCAGCAGAAACUCCUUUGUUCUCAUCUUCCGGGCCUUGCCAGCAGAUAAGAGGAAGCAGGGAUGCCCAUCUGCAUCCUGUUUCUCACA